UGCUGUGCAAAACUUAUUGAAGAAGCACUUGCUGAAAUACGCACUUGCUGAAGAAGCCCGUGGUUACCAAAGCUGCGAAAGACGGUUCCUGGCCAGGAGAAGGACCAGCAGGGUGAACAGCUGGAAGCCCAUACCAUGGAGCUUCCAGCGGAUGGAUCCCCGAUGUUGGAGGGACUUCCAGAUAAUGGUAAGGAAGACGGUAAGUUGUGGUUAAAUGGAGCCAACAUGGUUUCUGAAGACCAUGGAGAGGAGUUGAGGUAUAGUUCACCUCCGCAGUCUGAGGACUGUUCUACCAGCUCCACCGGUAACUCUUCUACCAACUCCACUGGUAGCUCUUCUACCAACUCCACUGGUAGCUCUUCUACCAACUCCACUGGUAGCUCUUCUACCAGCUCCACUGGUAGCUCUUCUACCAGCUCCACUGGUAGCUCUUCUACCAGCUCCACUGGUAGCUCUUCUACCAGCUCCACUGGUAGCUCUUCUACCAGCUCCACUGGUAGCUCUUCUACCAGCUCCACUGGUAGCUCUUCUACCAGCUCCACUGGUAGCUCUUCUACCAGCUCCACUGGUAGCUCUUCUACCAGCUCCAGUGAAGGCGAGGUAGGUAAUGGAGACCAGGACUUUGGAUCCCGAUUUCGGGUUGUCCAGGUCCUUCAACCAAACAUUAAAUUCUUGUGGGGCAUCGGCGUGCUUGAAGAGGCAUUAAAACGUCUGAAAUCGACGGUUGAUCAGCUGGGCUCCGGUGACAGUAGCCCAGUGGUCCUUGCCGAUGUUGCAUCGAAGCUGCCUGAGAUUCUUCCCCAUAAUUUCAAAUAUAUACAAGACAUUGGGGUGGCUCAGAAGCCCCAAGAAGACUUGGCUCCUUGUACUUCUCUUGAAUUUCCAUCUGGACUUGACAAACAGGAAGAGCCAAUUUUGCGUCCAGAGACUUCCAGUCCUAUUGGUACCUUGCAACAUCCUCAGGUUGGUUUGGAAGAGGACAGGGCUUCUUUGACUUCCAGCCCCGCCGGAAGAACAACGAAGAAGGUGGAGGCUGUGAAGGAUGACGACCCACCAUCACAACCUAGUCAUCAGGUAGGUUUGAAAGAGGACGCGGCUCAUGUGACAUCUGUGACUGGUAUAAACGGGAAGAGGACAAAGAACAGUGAUGAUGAAGAGCAGCCCCCAGCCAAGAGGUCUAGGCAGACUUUUACUGAAUUGGAGCUUGCCAUCAAGUCUAUUGUCCAGUCCUUCCCCUCCCAAGAGAUGGAAUAUGAAGAUCCUGUUGUGUUACCACCUGUCCUCUGUCUCUCACCUUUGAUGUCGUGUGAGGAUCCUGGACUGUCAUCCCCUAUCCUCAGUCCCUCCUGUAAAAUAGCGUGUAAAAGUCCUGUUUUCUCCUCCCCCGUCCUCAGUCCCUCAACAUUGACUCACUGUGAAGAUCCCAUUUUGUCACCCAGUGUUUUCGGUCUCUUACCAUGGAUGCCAUGUGAGGAUCCCAUUCUGUCUCCCCUUGUCAGUCCAUCAACACACUUUCCAAAUUCAAAUUGUUCGUCCCCUGACUUCUUUUUCGGGAUGGAUACUGAAGAGGAAGCAAUACCUUCAACCUCUAGUGGAAUUACAGCAAGAGAGAGUUCCAGACACUUGUGGUUUAGACCUCACUACGACUUGUCAAGUGACUCUAAUUAGAUUGGGAUACGUAAAAACUGAAGACCUGUUUGGGAAGUCACUUUAGGACGUCAUCAUUCCUCUCAUGUUUUUUAUUAAAGUCAAUGGGUUUCUAGUAAGUCUGAGGAAGCCUUAGGUAGCGUCUUGUACUGGGGCUUUUCUUCAUCUUUGUGUUUUCCUCUCAGCUCCCCCAUGUUUCAGGGUGUAAUGGUGGUGCUUCCCAACACGCUGCUCUCCAAUAUAGUAAAUUAUUCUGUCCUGUUCCUCUACUAAUCCAGUCUCCCAGUUUUUAAUCUUUCAGGUUUUAGCUGCUCAUCGCUGGAUCCUUUCAUCGUUGUCCAUGUGGUUCCUGCCUUCUGGAUCCCUUGUUUUUCACACUGCUUAUUGGAUCUCCUCAGCCUGUAAACCUCCACCUUCAACACCACCAGUCAGACGGAGGAAGAUAAGAGAACCCUGUUCACAAAAAAAUUGACCAACAAUUAAAGAAGACCUGCUCCACCUGCUGAUCUACUGGCUGUAACAGAUUGUGGAAAAGCAUCACCAGCAGCACUGGACCAAUCAGGAGAGAGAAGACACAGAGGACUGACGGAUGUCUUCCACAACAACAGAACCUCCUCUUGGGUCAGGCAAAGGUUGAAGAGAUGCUGCAGAAUCCCACAGAGGGACUCUGGGACUGACACCAUCUGGACCUGCAGCCUCGUUCCUGUUCAGUCUCUCCGGCUGCUUCUUCACCUGACUUCUAGAUACAGAAAAGUUGGAGGUGGAGGCAAAAGGAGCAGCAGCGUCUCCUGAUGUGGUUGAAGACAAACUUGUGGAAGCAGAAGAGUCCAUGACUGAGGUGGAAGAUGGAACAUCUGAGGUUCGACAGGAAAGCUGUGGGUCAGAGGAGGAUGAGAUUCUGUUUGGCUGCGGACAGGAGAGGAUGAUGAUGAUGAGCUUGUUCCUGGACUCAACCUGUUGAAUGUGCUCAGCUCAUUUGCUCUGUGCAGAAACUAAUAUUGUUCAAAACAAAAGUCAUGGUAGCAUGUUUUUAUGUAAUAAUGAGUAUGUAAUGUUUGGAAUGAAGAAGAUAUGCUGCAUAAUCUGAUGGAAUUACAAAAGAGCAUUGUGGCUCCCGCUCAGUGCAAAAACAUAUUUUGUUGGUUUCUGAAGAGUAAAAAUUGAACAAAUGUGUACACUUAUAGAUUAAGUUUAUGUUUCACAGUCAUCACAAUGCUAAAGAAAAGUCUCACAACAGUGUGAAAAUCAUGGUGUUUAUUUACAAAACAUGAAGCAGGAGGAAGAUAUUAAAGAAUGUAAUAAUUAUUUUGCAGUAUCAGGUUAUUUCUAUGUAUUAUGAUAUAAUAAAACAUGUAUUUUUGGCCUUA